AUGGUCACUUCAAUGGAGCUGACGGUCGAUGACAUGUGGGACAUCUGGAUCGGCUCAGUAGCCGUAGCAUCCGUCAACACGACCGUCUCGCCCACUCCCGUGCCCAGCUCCGAAUUGAUCCCGCCUCCACCGCUUCACUACCCUUCAUGGAUGAGCGGCCCGCAAACUCCGCUGCAGGCAAAGAACGAAUCUUGGAGCUUCCCGAAGGAUUUCUGGUGGGGCGUCGCAAGCGCCUCCUACCAGGUCGAAGGCGCGGUAAAGGACGAGGGCCGCUCGCCUUCUGUUUGGGAUGGCCUGCUGCACAAUGUCGUCGACUACAGUCUGUACAACGAAACGGGUGAUGUUGCCAUCAAUCAUUAUUACCUUUACAAGCAGGACAUUGCCAGGCUUGCGGCUAUGGGAGUGCCUUACUACAGCUUUUCCUUAUCCUGGUCGCGAAUUUUACCUUUCGGCCGCGGUCCCGUUAAUGAGGCUGGACUGGCACAUUACGAAGAUGUAAUCAACACUUGUUUGGAGUAUGGUGUGAAGCCUGCGGUAACACUCUUCCACUGGGAUCUACCACUAUAUCUGUAUAAUCUGUACGGUGGAUGGACCAACGAGCAAAUCGUAGACGACUUCGUCAACUACGCCCGGAUAGUCUUUGAGAGAUUCGGUAACAAAGUGCCCAUGUGGUUCACAGUCAACGAGCCCAUCAGCUUCUGCACCCUCCAAAUGCCCGAGCAUUACUUCCGCCGCGUGCCCAUCCUGCAGAAGCAACAGCCCUACUACUGCGGCCAACACGUACUGCUCGCGCACAGCAAAGCCUAUCACCUAGCUAAAUCGCUCAACCUAACCGGCCCUGUGACGCUCAAGAACAAUGGUUACUACAAGACGCCGCGGACCAACUCGAGCGAAGAUGCCGAGGCGACGCAGCGCGCGUGGGACUUCAACGAGGGUUGGUUCGCGAAUCCCAUCUACGUCGACGGCGAAUACCCGCGCUACCUCAAGGACUACGUCUCCACCUUCUUGCGCGACCUGACCACGGAGGAGAAGGAGGCGAUCCAUGGGUCGGCCGAUUUCUUUGCGCAUGAUGCGUAUGCGGCGAAAUACUACAUGGCGCCCGACACCGGCAUCGACGCCUGCCUGACCAACUACUCGCACCCGCUCUUCCCCACCUGCGCCAAUUCCUCCUUCCAGCUGAGCGACGCCGACGGCGGCUGGCUGGUCGGGCCCGCGGCCGACCCGUACACGUCCUGGCUGCACAAGGCGACCGACUGGAUCCCGCAGUUCCUGCGCUACAUCAACCAGACCUGGCCGCACCCCGGCGGCAUCGCCGUGUCCGAGUUCGGCUUCACCGAGCCCUUCGAGCACGACAAGAAGCUGCUCGGCGACAUCCGCAUGGACCUGGGCCGCGUGACGUACUACCGCGAGUACGUGCACGCGGUGCUGAUGGCCAUGAGCGAAGGGAUCAAGGUCGUGGGGCUGCUCGCGUGGACGAUUGCGGAUAACCUCGAGUGGACGGCUGGGUUUGGCGUCAAGUUUGGACUGCAGUACGUGAAUUUGACGACGCAGGAGAGGGCGUAUAAGGCGAGUUUCUUUGAGCUGAAGGAUGUCAUUGAGACAUAUUGGGAAAAGUAG